AUGAAUCUUCAGAAACUAAUUUCAACACGAGAAGGUCAGCGCAGAGUUGUACAGAGGAAAUUAGACAAUAUCACAAAGAUACUUGGUAUGCGGUGGAAUGCAGAAACAGAUGUGCUGAUGUUUCAAACAACAAAUAUACCAAUCAGAGCCAUUACAACAAAACGUGAAAUUUUACGACAAACGUCAAGAUUGUAUGAUCCGCUAGGUCUGCUUAGUCCGGUUACCGUACGUGCUAAAAUUAUGUUACAACACAUUUGGCAAGAGAAAUUCGACUGGGAUACUGAGUUACCAGCUGACAUACAACAUAGAUGGGAAAACCUUGUGAAUGACUUAAAUACCAUAUCCACAACUAAAUACAGACGAUGUUACUUUGAAAUCCCUGCCGCAGACGAGAAAUCCCAGAAAGAAGCAGACAUUUUACCCCUCACCCUACAUGUUUUCGUAGGCACAAGCCAGUCUUCAUAUGGUGCUGCAGCAUACCUCUGCAAGGGACAGCAAUCAUCACUUAUCAUGUCGAAGAAUCGUGUAGCACCACUUAAGAAACUUACAUUACCACGACUAGAACUAAUGGCAGCUACAGUUGGUGCUCGAUUAGCGAACCACAUACAGAAGACACUUCAGCCCACAGAUGUUUACUUCUGGUAA